AGAGGCUGUCAUGGCUGCCCAGGAGGACGCAGCGGCUCUACUGGAUGAAAUCGCCCGGCGUGAGGAAGAGCUGGCUUCGCUGAAGCGGAGGUUGGCGGCAGCCCUGGCGUCCGAGUCGGAGCCCGAGCGUCCGGUCCCGUUGCCGCCGCUGCUCCCCAAGGCCGCCCUGUCGCGGGAUGAGAUCCUCCGCUACAGCCGUCAGCUGCUGCUGCCGGAGCUGGGCGUGCGCGGGCAGCUGCGCCUGGCGGCCGCCUCCGUGCUGGUGGUGGGCUGCGGCGGGCUGGGCUGCCCGCUGGCCCAGUACCUGGCGGCGGCCGGCGUGGGCCGCCUGGGCCUGGUGGACCACGACGUGGUGGAGACGAGCAACCUAGCCCGGCAGGUGCUGCACGACGAGGUGCUGGCGGGCCACGCCAAGGCCCGGUCGGCGGCCGCCGCGCUGCGCCGCCUCAACUCGGCGGUGGAGUACGUGCCGUACGCGCGCGCGCUCAGCGAGGCUUGGGCGCUGGAGCUGGUCCGCGCCUACGACGUGGUGGCUGACUGCUCCGACAACGUGCCCACGCGCUACCUGGUGAACGACGCGUGCGUGCUGGCCGGCCGGCCGCUGGUGUCGGCCAGCGCGCUGCGCUUCGAGGGCCAGCUGACCGUCUACCACCACGACGGCGGGCCCUGCUACCGCUGCGUCUUCCCGCGGCCGCCCCCGGCCGAGACGGUGACCAACUGCUCCGACGGCGGCGUGCUCGGCGUGGUGCCCGGCGUGCUGGGCUGCGUGCAGGCGCUGGAGGUGCUCAAGAUCGCCGCGGGGCUCGGCCCGGCCUACAGCGGCAGCAUGCUGCUCUUCGACGGCCUCGGGGGCCAUUUCCGCAGGAUCCGGCUGCGGCGUCGCCGGCCCGACUGCGUCGUGUGCGGUCAGCAGCCCACCGUGACCCGCCUGCAGGACUACGAGGCCUUCUGUGGCUCCUCGGCCACCGACAAGUGCCGUGCCUUGAAGCUCCUGAGCCCCGAGGAGCGGAUUUCGGUGACCGAUUACAAGCGGCUUCUGGAUGCCGGAGCGCCCCACAUCUUGCUGGACGUCCGGCCUCAAGUGGAGGUGGACAUCUGUCGUCUGCCGCACGCCCUCCACAUCCCUUUGAGUCACUUGGAACGCAGGGAUGCCAACAGCCUGAAGCUUUUAGGGGAGGCCCUCCGAGACGGGAGGCGGGAUUCGCAGGAAGGAGCUGCUCUCCCCGUGUAUGUGAUUUGCAAACAGGGGAACGACUCCCAAAAAGCCGUGAGGGCCCUGCAGUCCUUAAAGGCGGUGCCAGAGCUAGACUCCUUAGCCGUUCAGGAUGUUGUAGGGGGACUCAUGGCCUGGGCCGCCAAAAUCGAUGGGGCCUUUCCACAGUACUGAGGGGACGCCGUGUGAUGUGCGUGGAUGGUUGUGAUAACCUCGAGGAUCCACUUAUUUGCACCUUUCCAGUAAUGUGGGGAAGAGCCUGGGCCCACAGUCUCAGAACAAAUGGGCUCUCUUUUGCAAGGAGCUUUUUGAGAAAACAGGAUAAAAUUGUUUUAUCCUGAGAGCUCCUUUGUGUUUGGGGCACUUGUACAGUACCUUCAACAUACGACGUGGAGUGUGACAGACAGUAUUUAUGUUUCCCAUCUGUUCCAAUCAAAAUACUCUCUGGACCAUCCAUUUUAUACGUGGAAUUAAGAUGCAGUUUUACUGCACCUUAGUCUAACUUGAUUAUUUACAGAUGGUACACUUGCAUUCAGCUCAUUUUAAAUAAAGGUAUUUGAGAGGUUAGAGAAA